AGAUAAAAGACGCCAUCUUCCCAGUGAUGAUAUUCCCGACUUGGGACUCUUUCCUGUUUCUUAUCCUCACAUUGCGUUAGUGCCAACCCGCUCAAAUCUCCACAAUUGUAUCCAGUUGCCAACAAGCUAUACUGUGUAUCGCCUUGAAAGGGCCUGCCUUUUGCCCCUCUUGAUAUCGUCACUCGGUAGAUCGCCGUGGCCACCGGGGGGUUUGGACCAGAAUCCAGCCUUGAAAUAAUCGACUUGAUUUAUUUUUGAAAUAACCCCCCCUACCCGGAGCUUCCUCUUUUUCGACUUUCCUGCAGUCCAGGGACCUUUCAAACCAAAACAACCAGAACGUCGAGUCGAUAUACCGAAGAAAAUGGCCAUCCCAUCAAAAGCGCGAGCGCUCAUCAAAACCCAGAAGGGCAAGGUUGAGGUGCAGACCGUGCCGACGCCCAAGCUCCGGGACAAUUACGUACUGGUCAAGACGACUGCAGUUGCGUUGAACCCCACCGAACCUCACGCCGUCUUCGAUGAUGACACGGUGCAACCCGGUAGCCUUGUGGGGUGCGACUUUGCCGGCGUAGUUGUCGAGGCUGGCGACAACAGCAGGUUCAAGCCCGGCGACAGGAUCGCGGGAAUGGCUCAUGGAGGAAAUGCCGAAAAUAUGGAGGACGGCGCGUUUGCAGAGUACAUAAACGUCAAGGAUGGCAUCGCACUCAAGAUUCCAGACAAUAUCACGGACGAGCAGGCGGCGACGUUGGGUGUUGGCGUCACGACUGUGGGUCAAGGUCUCUACCAAGCUCUCCGCCUGCCACUCCCCAACGACGCCGAGGCCGUGGCAGCUCAUGCAGGGACCCCGAUCCUCAUCUACGGCGGCAGCACGGCAACGGGCGUGCUGGGCAUCCAGUACGCCAAGCUCUCGGGGCUGAGGGUGCUGGCGACGGCGUCACCGCGGAACCACGAGUACCUCAAGUCAAUCGGGGCGGACGAGGUGUACGACCACUCGUCGCCGACCUGGGUGGACGAGGUGCGCAAGUCGACGGGCGGCCGGCUGCGGCUGUGCUGGGACUGCAUCGCGCGCGACGGGAGCCCGCAGGCCUGCGCGAGGGCGCUGGAUCAGGACGAGCCCGGCGCAGUGUACCGCAACCUGCUCCCCGUCGAGGACGACGAGGUCAAGAGUGUCAACCCGGUCUUGGAUGGGCCCGCCUUCACCUUGGGCUACACGGCCUUUGGGGAGGACAUGAGUAAGUUGGGCAAGAACUGGCCGGCCUCCAAGGAGGAUUACGAGUUUGCCAAGGUCUUUUGGAAGCUGACCGAGGACCUGCUCGCCCAGGGCAAGCUCAAGCCCGUCAGGCAGCAGGUUGAUCGAGGAGGCAAGGGUUUGGAGCAUGUGUUUGAGGGGAUCCAGGAUUUGAGGGAUUGGAAGGUUAGCGGCUCCAAGCUGGUUUACCAUGUCGCUUGAAGGAGAAAAUUAGGAUGCGAUGUCUCGAGUCUGAGCAAGGCUGAAGGGGGCCUUAAUGGUGCGAGACAACAUGAAUAACAUGAUUCCAAGAAACCAACAAAGUUGCCUAGGUAGGCUAAAGACACAAAUGCUACAUUAUGCUUAUGAAUGCCCACAGGGCAAUGUAACAGAGUGGUAAAUGAAGCAUUUGUUCUGCGU